CCCAGCAUAGGAAUCAAACUCCUGACCCUGAGAUUAAGAGUCCCAUGCUUUACCAACUGAACUGCCCCAGCAGUCAAUUAACCCAUUUCCUUUUUAUUUGAGAGCCCUUUUGAAAACCUUGCUUAGAAGCCAGAUAUUUUGGACUACAUCUCCCAUCAGCCCCAGCCGGCCAUGAAGGCUAAGGCAAAGUCUUCUCUAGCUACUUCCUUGUAGAUUCCAGAUGACUGUGCAAAGAAGCGCCUAGAUUUGCUCAGGCCACGCCUAUCCCCGCCUCCAGAAGUCGAGACUAUGCUUCCGACAGUCUCCUUCUAUCUUAGGCAACACACUCUUGAGCGGUUAAACCACGCCGGUCCUGACAAACCAGUCUCCUUCAUCUCUGCUCCUCAGCAGAUUCAACAGGAUGCCCGGCUGACUCCUAAGGAUGCCCAGAGCCGCAGUGAAGCUCAUAGUCACCGGAGAUGACUUUGGCUACUGCCCAAGAAGAAACCAAGGCAUCGUGGAGUCUUUUCUCUCCGGCGGCGUGUCCAACGUGUCCCUCCUGGUGAACGGCAGCGCUGCGUCCGAUGCAGCACAACUGGCGAGGAGGUAUCACAUUCCAAUAGGGCUCCAUGCCAACCUUUCUGAGGGCUCUCCUGUUUGUCCGGCGUUGAAAGCGAAGUCCACAUUGCUCAACGAAGAAGGGUUUUUCCACGGAAAGAUGGGGAUCCGGAGAGCGUUAGCCGAUGGUCUCCUGAACAUGUCUGAGGUGAAACACGAACUAACUGCGCAGGUUGACUUGUUCCGUGAGCUCACAGGUCACCUGCCUCAACACAUGGACGGACACCAGCAUGUUCACGUCCUCCCAGAGAUCAGAAACGUAUUUGCACAGGUGCUGGAGGAUUACGGGAUCACCUAUACUCGAGUCCCCAUCGAGCCAGACCUUCCCCGCUGCGAUUGGAUAGACCCACACUUAAUGGCCUUUUACCUGGGCGUGGAGAAGGACUCCCUAAACACAGUGGAUGUGUUUAGGAAACACAGAAUAAGGUGGCCAGAUAUAUAUAUAGGCCUCAGCACCAUGGGCAAAAACAUGUCCAUCGCCAACAUCCUGGGGGCCAUUGAUAACGCUACAGCGGCUUACCUGCCGGAAGAAGAUUCCUCCAUUCCUCCUGGCUCGCCGUCAUGCUCAGAUCAAGAAACCAGAAGUGUAACCAUUGAGCUGAUGACGCAUCCAGGAUACCCUAGCGUCCCGCCAGUUGGGGGCUGCGGCGAGGGACCCGACGAUUUCUCGCAGUCCUGGGAACGCUUGCACGAACUUGAGACGCUCAAGAAAGCAGAGUUGCAGAGCCACUACAGGACAAGGAACAUCCAGCUCUGCGCAUUUAAAGACCUUGGGAUGUGAUGCUGCAGUUGUUGCUGGCUGGGCUGGGCCAGGCUAAGCGUGAUGCUGAGUGAGGUGCAGAGUUAAGAACCAACAUCCCCCCCCCCAGUAGACCGCGUGGUGUGGCACAGAGGCUCCCUUUGCAAGGAGAGCUUCCACCCUUUGCAGCUCAGGACAGAGGUGGUGCCCCAUUUUCACAGCACUGGGGAGCAGAAGUUGUAUCCCUAGGAAGGGAAAGCUUGGACAGUAACAAGACCAGCAGGGUAGGAUCUAUAGAGAAGAUGGUUUUGGAGCAGGAAAGAUUGCAUAGGAAACUAUAUGGGUCUGUCGUUGUGGGUUGGGUUUCUGGUUUGAACUCUGAUAUAGAAAAAUACAUAUUUGGAUCUGCCAAUUCAACAUGCUAUUAGUCUACAGCAGGCAUGGCCAAUCGCAGGGUGUCUCUGGUUGAUCACGGUAUUCUGAUCGAUGGCCCCUCUCCCCCCAUAAAGCUCAACAACUGUGGUCAAUUCAAUGGGUAGAUCACUGCCAGUUUUUUUAUAGUGGGAGUAGAUCACGGUCUUCUGGAAGUUGGACGUGCCUGGUCUACAGAUAUUGGUCCAUUAUCCAGGGGAUUCAAAGCAGGGAGUGUGUGAACUCAGCACAAAGCGUAAAUAAACACUCUUCACUAAGGUCAGCCACCUGCCUCGCCAAUAAAAGCUGAAGUGGACCACGUACAUAAAUUGUGGGGAA